AUGGCGUCUACAUUACAAACACAAGACUCGCCAAGACCUGGUGGUUUUCCCGCUAUUCGGUAUAAACGUAAUAUACCAAAAAGAGGUCCUUCCGGGCUUGUUAUUUUAACGGGUUUAACCGCCAUAUCUACGUUAGGUUUUUAUUGGGCAUCACAAACAAUUCAAGAGCUUCGCGAGCUAAAGCGAGAACGAAUUUGGUCACGUAUAUAUCUUGUCCCGAUGUUACAAGCUGAAUUAGAUCGUGAUUCAUAUCGUCGUACUCGGGCAUCUUUACAGCGUGAAGCUGAAAUUAUGAAAGAUGUUCCAGACUGGAAAGUUGGCGAGAGCGUAUAUAAUACCAAGCGUUAUGUACCUCCAUCUGUAUUUGUUUUGCCAGAAAAAUGA